GGGAGCGGAGCAGCCGAUGCGGAACCUUUGAAGGGGAAGGCUUUGAGCGGCGCACACCAGUGUAAAGAUGGCAGACGUACCGGACGAUGCACCUGAGCACUGCCCGGGUACUGAAAGUGAGCAGGCAGGAAAGACGUCGUCAUGUCAGGGCUGUCCCAACCAGAAGAUCUGUUCUUCUGGAGCCACCAAAGCCCCCGACCCUGCCAUAGCAGAGAUAGGAGCGAAGAUGUCAACGGUCAAACACAAGAUCCUGGUUCUGUCUGGAAAAGGAGGCGUGGGGAAGAGCACCUUCAGCGCUCACCUGGCUCACGCGCUGGCCAGUGACGGCACAAAGGAGGUCGCCGUGCUGGACGUGGAUAUCUGCGGCCCGUCCAUUCCGAGGAUCAUGGGCUUAGAGGGAGAACAGGUUCACCAGAGUGGCUCAGGCUGGUCUCCUGUGUAUGUGGAUGACAACCUGGCGGUCAUGUCCAUUGGCUUCCUGCUCAGUAGCCCUGAUGAUGCUGUGAUCUGGAGGGGACCCAAGAAGAACGGGAUGAUCAAGCAGUUUCUGAGGGAUGUUGACUGGGGGGACCUGGAUUACCUCAUCGUGGACACGCCCCCUGGCACCUCUGACGAACACCUGUCGCUCAUCCAGUACCUGAGCUCCACCCACGUUGACGGAGCCGUCAUCAUCACCACACCCCAGGAGGUGUCGUUGCAGGACGUGCGGAAGGAGAUCAGGUUCUGCCAGAAGGUCAAGAUGCCGAUCAUCGGAGUGGUCGAGAACAUGAGCGGCUUUGUCUGUCCUUCGUGCAAGAACACCUCUCAGAUCUUCCCCCCCACGAGUGGGGGCGCAGAGCGCAUGUGUGCGGAUCUGCAGCUGCGCCUGUUGGGGAAGGUGCCCCUGGACCCCAGGAUCGCCCGCAGCUGCGACGAGGGGAAGUCCUUCCUCCACGAGGUCCCCGACUCUCCCGCCGCCGCGGCGUACCUGAGCAUCGUGCAGAGUAUUAAGGACUACUGCUCCAACCGUGUGACGGAGGAGCAGAGCAACACCUGAAGAAGCUCCGAUGGCGGCCAGAACACCAGCAGGGGAGAGUCCGAAAUAACGAAAAUAAUGGGACGAAAUGAAAUAUCUCUAAAUAACAGCAGGUUGAUAAUGGUGCAUUUAAAGGAUUUAAUAAACAAUGGUCUUAUAGGCAGAUAUAGGAACCAAUCACCAUUCAGCAACCAGCAACAGACUCAAAUGUCAUCUUUUGAUCAGAUUGUUGUAUCGUGUUAUGCACCCACUUUAACUGAUUAUUUUAUUAUAAUAUGGUUUGAUCUGUUUAUUAAUAAAAAGAUUAAUUGAGACAA